CAGUGUUAUUUGUCGAUUUGCCCGUUAUCAUCGGCACACAGGGAUCGGCUUCCCGCGCGCGCUCUCUCUCUCACUCUCCCUUCCACCUGGGCAAGGUGGGCUUCCAGAUAAGAUAACCACUCGCGCACUCCAAUUUAAUCUCACUCAGCCCAGAGUUCAGUUGAUUGGAAUCCGUGGCAAAGUGAGGAUUUUACCAGUGCUUGUGCCAGAAACAGCUUUUAUCAAAAGGACAUCUUGUGAAAGUUACUCAGCAUGGCGAGAGGGAAUCUCCUCGGAUUACUUGUGGCACUGUCUCUCCUCAGCUUCAGCGCUGCCCAAGGAGGACGUCUGCGCUUCUGCUCCUCGAUCCGCUUCGCCGCCGAGUGCGAGCAGAUGGACCGCGGCAAUUCGCAAGUGGAGUGCAUCCGUGUCCAGGACAGCAUCGAGUGCGCACAGCGAAUGCUCAACAACACCGCCGACUUUGGCAUCUUCGGCCCAGAGACUGUCCUGCAGAUCGGCGCCCUGGCGUGGGACGGCAUUUCGGUGGUGAAGGAGUUGCGCCACUCUGACCGCUCGGACAAUCCCGUGGACUACGAGUCCGUGGUGAUUGUCCGGAGUGAGCACCAGGGCGGCACCAGAGGACUGCGCGGCGCGAAAUUUUGCCACCCAGGCUUGUUCUACGAUCGCUCGCAGCGCUGGUCGGAGCGCUUUCUCAAGCACUUCGAGCGCGCCGUGGUGCCGGUGGAGUGUGAGCUGGACGGCGUGUCUCCGGCUGAGAUUGAGGCGUCCGCCAUGUCAAGAUUCUUCACGUCCGCCUGCCGCCCAGGCGCCUGGUCCAACAAUCCCGAAGAGGAUGCACGCCUCAAGGAGCAAUUUCCAAACCUGUGCGAACUCUGCGAUCCUGGUGCUAACACUUGUGACUAUCCUCGCGAUGGAUCUGGAUCGGAAAACUCUCACGCGGAGGCUCUGCGUUGUCUGAUCCGCGGCGGAACGGCAGCCUAUGUGGCACUGGAAGUGGUGCAGGAUCUCUUCAACACGGAAUUGCGCGAGCACGCGGACAGUUUCGCCUACCUCUGCCCAAAUGAUACACUCCAGAGCAUCACGUUCAAUGACAAUCCCUGCGUGUGGCUUCGACAGCCGUGGCGACUUGUGGUCUCCAGUGAUGCCAUGGCUGUGCAACUGCCACAACUCAUGAAUGACUGGUUCAACACGGGCAGAAGCGAGCCCUGGAAGGACGCCAUCAAAGCCAUUAUCACAGCCGAGAGCUCAGUUAUCCACCGUCCGCAGUCGCUGCAGAGACUCAGAGAUUACGUUCGAAGCAUCCGUGAGAUUCCCAUUGACUUCAACUUCUGCUCCACACGCUCCACUUGGUGCACCACGUCUGCUGAUGAGUAUGAGAAGUGCCUCGUGAUCUCUGCCGGCGGCCUGACGUCUGGCGUCCUGCCCACGAUCGAGUGUCGCGCACCCAGAUCGAAUCCCGUCGCCUGUCUCAACGACAUCAACACCAACGGAUCGGACUUCAUGGGAAUCGACUCCAACUUUGGCUUCCUGGCGCGACACGUCUACAAUCUUAGCGCUGCCAUGUAUGCGGAGACCGAGAGCAACAAGUAUUCCUCAGUAGUGAUCCUUGUGCGAGCUAAUGCCACCUUCCGUGGCCUGGAAUCCCUCAGAGACACCAGAGCGUGCUUCCCGGAGUACGGUGGCAUCGCCAAGGUGACCUUCCUGAAUGCCGCCAAGGCUGAGAACAUCUUUGAGCAGAACAACUGCAACUUCAGCAUUUCCCUCGGGGAGUUCUUCGGGGAGUCCUGCAUGCCCGGUGCCAGAGAUCCUCUGCACGAUCCCGCCGGCUACACGCCCAACAAUCUCUGCAGCCUCUGUCGCUCCUUCCAGCCGCUGCGUCCCCUAACAGACGAGGACGCCUCAGUGUCGCGCAGGCGACGAAGACAGACCGAAGGCGAGGAGGGCGAAGAGACUCCUACCGAUGAUCCCGCAGCAGAUCCGCCGGCGGACGACGAGGAGCCAGCAGAUGAGGAGGAGGACGCGCCAGCCGACGAUGAUAUGUACUACGAGGAAAUGGAUGAGGAGGAGAAGGUCAAGAGGCGCCAAGAGCUCGAUCGCGUAUCCGCCAACUGCAAUCCAGACGCCACAAAUCGCUUCUACGGCAACCAAGGAGCCUUGAGAUGUCUGGCGGAAGUCGGAGAUAUUGCUGUGCUGGAGCUGCAGUACCUCAAGCAACACGCGCAUGAGUUGAUGCUGAAUCCGCAUGACUUCCGGGUGCUGUGCAAGAACGGCAGCUUAGCCGCCUAUCCAGGAUUCAACGUCGAUCCCGAUUGUGUCAUGACAACCAUCAUCGAUGGAGAGAUUGUCGUCCGGCGCGACUCAGCGAGACGCGAUGGGAUCAUCAAUGCUCUGACGUCUUUUGAUCUCUACUUCCAAAAUCAGCCAGACUUCAAGAUGUACAACAUCUUCGCAGGCGUGAAACAUCUUCUAUUCAAGGACUCCACAAUCGGCUUGGUUCGGGCAAAUGCGACGGAUUUGAGUCCCAGCGUGCAGAACUACAUUGACAUCUUCGACAGCGUUGAAAUAUGCGCGAGAGGAAGUGGCAUCCUGAUGUCUCUCAGCAGUUUUCUCUUCACCACCGCGAUCUUCAUCACAAUCUUCCGGUUUCGGUAGAAAAAUCUCCAUUUCAGUUGUCAAAAUUUCUCUAGAAUUCGUAAGGACAGACAUUGUCUCCUGAUAGAACACAUAAUUUUUUUUUUGAAUAAAGAGAUCAAAAUCGACAAA